AUGAAGCAUAAAUCGAGCCGGAACAACGUUCAGCCAACGAGCAGCGAGCCCAGCAGACCUGCAAAACGUCAGCGGAAACCUACUCAGCCAUUUGACCAAUGUGUCAAUCCUGCUCCUCCUACUCCGCCGUCGACAGUACGGCAUCCUGUACGCUUACCAGAACCAACUCCGCCGCAUAAUCAAGGUACGCCAAGCCCGCCAGAGGCGCUGUUUGUGGCAGAGGAUGAGGAUGUGGUGGAGGAGUCAGCAGCCGACGCUGGGUUGGAUGAUGACAACGAGGUAGAUGAGCAGGUGGAGAACGCGUUAGCUGCUGCCACGGCUGUAGGGGAGGUUACUGCAGGCUCACCUGGGUCAGCUACUGCAGCGUCGCUCGCUCAAUCAAGCCAGCCACAGCGUCCAGAGUCAGAACAAAUUGACGAGGAGCCGCACCUGCACUGGAACUAUCGCGCUUGGUGGACGCUAGGGAAGAAUUUAAUUCCUCAGGCAGCUGUUGCGAGGCGUAAUAAGCCGUUAUACACUGUGGAUGAGGACAGGGUGUGGCAAUGGGCGGAUGGUGUUGUAGAGAAGCAGCUGCCACGGGUAGCUAUUAUUGACAGCUUGACAGCAACGCUCUACUAUACUAGUGGCCGCCAAGCUAAAUCUGAUAGGUGUACUAUAGCACUACAGCGGCGGCAAAGUGCAGCUGGACGGACUGUUGUUGCAGGAAACUGGUUCGAACUUGAAGAAGAGCUGGCUGAAAUGGAUAAAGAGAGCGGCCAAAUAAUGACCUGUGACUUUGACUUGGUGUUGAGAGAGCAACAGGCGCCUCAGCCAGCAACUCAGCCAGCAUCUCAACCAGCUCGAAGUACUGCUCGUUUGCGGCCAGGCAUUGUUACUGCAAUCAUGGAGGAGGGUCUCGCUAGUGUUGUUACCAACGAGCGCUUUGCGUCUGGUCAUGCUAUUGGUAUAAGAGACCAUUGGAGGUGUCAGAGUGAGCGCUGUUCGAACAACCCCAGCGUGUGCUGGGUGCACUUGCUGCCAGGUCGUCAAGUUGAGCGAGCUAGUGAUCAUUAUCCUCUCAACGGCAACAUGAUUGCAAACUGGGCAAGCGCUAUUACACGACAGGAGUGUACUGUUGAAGAGCCAUCGCAGGACCUCCAGCUGCAGUUCAUUAUGUCAAAAGACCGCAGCGCAUGA